AUGGCUGAUCGGCAAACCCUAGAUUCUUCCUCUACUCUCCCCGAUGAUCUCUCUCACUCCCACUCUACUUCUUCUACUUCAUCAGAUCCGUCGCUACUGAGGUCUCUCUCCUCAAGCCGACUCAACGCCGGAGCUCCCGAGUUCGUUCCUGGUCGGACUACUCCUCCGCUGACGCCGCAACAACAACCGUCGCGGAUGAUCAUCCCGCCUCCUCCGCCGCACGGUAUGCUUCACAUGUACCACCACCAACCUCCGUUCAAUGUCCCGGUUCUCGGUCCUGUUCCAAUCCAGCCUCACUUGGUUCCUCACCAUCGCUUUCAUCACCAGAACCGUCAUCAGAACCAGCAGUAUGUCCCGGUGCACCGUAACCACGGCCACCAGGAGUAUCAGCAGCGUGGCGGUGUCGGCGGUGAGCAGCAGGAGCAACCGGAUUUGGUUGUGAAGAAGAGCGAUCGGAGAGAUCAUAAGAGAGAAGCUAAGAUCGAUCAGACGACGGAGACUGGAGCUUCUGUUGCUAUCGAUUCGAAAACUGGUUUGCCGGAGGAUACUAUUCAGAAGAUAGUGAAGCAGGUUGAAUACUAUUUCAGCGACUUGAACUUGGCUACUACAGAUCAUCUGAUCAGAUUCAUUGGCAAGGAUCCCGAAGGAUAUGUGCCAAUACAUGUGGUUGCAUCUUUCAAGAAGGUUAAAGCUGUCGUUAGUGGUAAUUCUCAGCUUGCCGCGGUGCUACAGAACUCAGCAAAGCUUGUUGUUAGUGAAGAUGGAAAGAAAGUGAGACGCAUAAAUCCGAUUACCGAGUCUGCCAUUGAAGAACUCCAGUCUCGGAUAGUGAUUGCUGAGAAUCUACCUGAGGACCAUUGCUAUCAAAACCUGAUGAAGAUUUUCUCAACUGUUGGAAGUGUGAAGAACAUCCGUACCUGCCAGCCACAGAACACUGGGGGUGGUGCUCCACCAGCAGCAAGAUCAGCCAAAAGCGAUGGUACGCUUUUCAGUAACAAGGUCCAUGCUUUUGUCGAGUAUGAGAUGGUUGAGCUAGCCGAGAAAGCUGUUGCCGAACUUAAUGAAGCAGGAAACUGGAGGAACAGUCUUAAGGUUCGGUUUAUGCUAAAACAUCAGACAAAGGAGUCAAAACAGAGUCAAGGACGAGGAAGAAAAGGACAUGAUGCAGAAGUAGAACAUGAGGAAGAUGACGCCACGACAUCGGAGCAGCAGCAGCCGAUUGAGAAACUAUCCGAAGAGUGUUCCGGGGAAUGGGAUACACAUGUGCAAGAGCAGACGACUGGAGAGGAGCAAGGGAAUGAGAAAGGAGUUGGCCAGAGAAAAGGGCGUAACCGAGGUAGAGGAAAGGGACGAGGAAGAGGUCAACCACACCAGAACCAAAACCAAAACCAGAGCCAAAACCAGAACCAGAACCACAACCAGAAUCACAAUGGGCGUGGGAAUCAUCAUCAAUAUCAACAUCAACACCAUCACCAUCAUCAAGUGGGAACACCACCUUCAAACAAUCAAAUGAACAACAAUAUGGAUCAACCAGGGAUGGGGAAGCAGCAACCACCUGGACCACGAAUGCCUGAUGGGACUAGAGGAUUCCCGAUGGGACGUGGAAAGCCGGUCAUUGUUCAGGCAGACUGA